AUUUAUAUUGCAAUUUGCAAUAAAAUAUUAUAAAAUGUAUGCAAUUUUUUAGUUUUUACAUUUUUUAUAUUGCGGUUAUGUACUUUUUAUAGUCUUGAAAAACUGAGUUAUAUAGGAAAUCAUGUUGUGGAUAGAGAUUUUUAUUAUUGCUGUUUUAUACUUCGAUCUCAUUCAAAAUGAGAAAAGUAAUUGUGGUUGUAAUGUCAAUCGUAAUAACGACGAUCGAAGACAAGAUAGUGUAUUUGGCGCCGGUUAUGAUGAAAGUCAAUGCAAUGUAAAUCUCAACGAAGAUAUUGAUGAUGUUGAAAGAAACGCUGGUGACAUGGUUUUAAUUCCCGGUGGCACUUACCAGCUUGGUACUGAUGAUAUAGUUAUAGAGGGUGAUAAUGAAGGUCCUAAAAGAUUAAUUCAACUAAGUAGUUUCUAUUUAGACAAAUAUGAAGUUUCAAACAGGGAAUUUAGUUAUUUUACAAGAUUAACUGAUUUUAAGACUGAAGCUGAAGUUUUUGGAGAUAGUUUUGUGUUCACAUUGUUCCUAAAUAAAACAUUUAAAGAGGAAUUGAAAGACUAUCGUGUAGCUCAAGCCCCCUGGUGGUAUAAAGUAAGUGGAGCUAAUUGGAAGCAUCCUAAUGGACCUGACUCAUACAUUACAGAUACUAUGGAUCAUCCAGUGAUACAUGUGUCAUGGAAUGACGCUAAGGCAUACUGUGCAUGGAAAGGUAAAAGGUUGCCAACUGAGAUAGAAUGGGAAGCUGCAUGCCGCGGUGGCCAUAGAGAUACUAAGUAUCCAUGGGGCAAUAAACUAUUUCCCAAUAGGAAGCAUAUGGCCAACAUAUGGCAAGGUACUUUUCCAAACUAUAACUCUGAGAAGGAUGGUUACAUUGGCACUAACCCUGUUCAUUUGUUUCCACAAAAUGAAUUUGGGCUUCACAAUAUAGCUGGUAAUGUCUGGGAGUGGACUGACAGCAAUUGGUCCCUGGAUGAUACCAAAGAAAAAGUGAAGAGAGGUGGUUCAUAUUUAUGUCACCAUUCAUACUGCUACAGGUAUAGGUGUUCUGCACGUUCACACAAUACUGAUGACAGCUCUGCAGGUAAUUUAGGUUUUAGGUGUGCUAAAUCUGCAUAAUUAGUAUGAACAAAGCUAAUAUUGUUAUGUAAUAAUAAUAUAGUCCUAUAAAACUUAUAGUGUAGUCAAUGCAUUUAUUUUGCUGUUUAUUAUAUUGAUAUAAGGUUUUUGAUAUUUAAGUAUAUCUUCAUUUUAAAAUUAUAAGUAUAAGGCUAAAAGUGUAUGUGUACUUAAUAACUGAGUUUUGAACUUAAUAAUAAAGAACUAAAGAAUCCUCGCUGAUAAUAAUUAAAUAAGUAAUUUUUAUGGCAUAUGAUUUAUCUGUUCUGUGUACUGGUCUUCCAAUUUGUGAAAUAUACUGUUUAUGGAAA